AUAAAUCAAAGGUAGCUCUUUAGUUAUUUCCACUGAUACAAAGAAAGAAAUCAACUAUGGUGAUGCCCAUUAAGGUAGCAGUUAUCGGAGCAGGCGCUGCAGGGCUUGCUACUGCACGUGAGCUUAAACGACAAGGCCACGAGCUGGUCGUCUACGAAAAAUCUCAUGAAGUCGGAGGAAUAUGGGCGUAUGAUGAUCGGGUUGAGAGUGAUCCUUUAGGUAUCGACCCGAAGCGCCAGAUCAUUCAUAGCAGUCUAUAUGCCUCAGUUAGGUCAACCAUCCCUAAAGAGAUUAUGGGAUUCUCAGAUUAUCCCAUUAAUGUUAGGGACAAAAAUGGCGUUAUCGAAAAUUUCCCUUACCACGAGGAGAUUUUGCAGUUUCUGAAGAAUUUUGCUAAAGAGUUUGGACUGCUUGAGCUAAUUCAGUUUAGCACAGAAGUGGUUCGAGUUGAACAAACAACAGAAAAUGGACCGUGGGUCGUUGAAGCGAGACACCAAAGAAACCCUAUGACGAUCGUCAACUCGAAGAAACUGUAUGAUGCGGUUGUUGUUUGUAACGGCCAUUUCACACAGCCAAAGCUAGCUGAGCUUCCAGGAAUCGAGAAAUGGCCGGGAAAACAAAUACACAGUCACAACUAUCGUGUUCCAGAACCGUUCCGAGAUCAGAUUGUAAUUGUGAUUGGUGAUGGACCAAGCGCCCAAGAAAUCUCGUCAGAAAUUUCCAAAGUAGCGAAAGAAGUUCAUCUUGUUUCCCGAAAAUCUGGCGUUGUGUUAAAGAAAAUGGAAGGGUUUGACAAUUUAUGGCAGCAUCCAAAGAUAGUAUAUUGUUCUAAAAAUGAGGAAGUUUCUUUUCAAGACUUAACUAUCCACGCAGACGCUAUUAUUUAUUGCACCGGAUACAAAUAUUCCGUUCCAUUUCUUAACACAAAUGGUUAUAUAGCCGUUGAAGAUAAUCGCGUCGGACCACUAUAUAAACACGUCUUUCCUCCGCAACUGGCACCUUCGCUUUCUUUUGUCGGAAUUCCUAGUCAAGGAGAGAUUGACCAUUACCUACAGUGAGAUGAUCCUUA